CCCCAUCCUAUCUCACACCUAACAUCAAACCACCCCACCUCCACCACCACAAAAUGACCACCGGCAAGACCCAGCAGGCCGCCGCGGCUCAGACUGCCGCUUCCAAGAAGACCGCCCAGACUCAGGCUGGUAUGCCCACCGGCUCGAUGCCGGACGGCGCCAUGCCGGCGAAGACUAUGGCCCCCGCCGAGAUGAACAUCAGCAAGGACAAGCCCAUGGCGCCGACCGCCGACGUCGCGAUGCCCAAGCCCAUUCCCGCUGGCUCUAUGGGCUCUAUGGGCUCGAAGGACUCCAUGGGUGCUAUGGGUUCCAUGGGCCCGAUGGGCUCGAUGGGCUCGAUGGGCUCUAUGGGCUCGAUGGGCUCAAUGGGCGGCAUGGGCGGCAUGGGCUCGAUGCCCAAGACCGACUCGAAGACCAUGGCCUCGAAGCCCAAGGGCACCGAUGUCAUGCAGACGGACAAGACCACCGACGCCUCGAAGUCCAUGACGGGCUCGAGCCCCAUGAAGGACUCGCGCAUGCACGCCGACAAGAACAUGGACAUGACCGUGGGCUCCAAGGCCAUGACUGGCGAGGACAUGCAGCCGCGCAAGGACAUGGACGCCAUGUGCGGAAGCGGCUGUGCCUCGCACGCUGAUAAGGGCGCCAUGGAGAUUAUGGGCGAGAUGCGCGGCAAGGACAACAGCUGUGCCGGCGAGGCUUGUCACCCCGCCAAGAAGUAGGUCCAGAGCGGCAGCUCAUGCGAGUUUCGUAGAUCGUAGGAUCGGAG